UAGCUUGAAAGAGGAAAAGCAAAAUGGCGGACUGAGGCGGAGCUGUCUGUCUUCUUUUACGUCCGCAUUCACCAUUUAAAUACGGACGUUCCUGACUCGACAUUUAUCAGUUUCUCUUCGGAUCAACCUGAACUCGACAACAUGAGCGGACGCGGCAAAGGAGGCAAGGGACUCGGGAAAGGAGGCGCCAAGCGGCACCGUAAAGUUCUCCGUGAUAACAUCCAGGGAAUCACCAAACCCGCCAUCCGCCGUCUGGCUCGCCGCGGCGGAGUCAAGCGUAUCUCCGGCCUCAUCUACGAGGAGACCCGCGGUGUGCUCAAGGUCUUCCUGGAGAACGUCAUCCGUGACGCCGUCACCUACACCGAGCACGCCAAGAGGAAGACGGUCACCGCCAUGGACGUGGUCUACGCCCUCAAGAGGCAGGGCCGCACCCUGUACGGCUUCGGAGGCUAAACGUGUCACCACACACCCCAACAACACAACGGCUCUUUUAAGAGCCACACAUCUCCUCUACAGAGAAUCAUCCUUUAGAUUUAAUAUUAAUUUAUUUUAAUGUGAAAUGUUUAUGAACAAUAUAUUGUAUGACUUCUUCAUAUGACAAUGAAAGUCUGCUAUUUUGGAAGAAGUGUUUACACAAAUCCUAAUCCCCCACAAAAGAGUUAGAGCACAAUCCUUUGACUGGUACAAUAUCUUAUGAUGUUUGAAGCCAAACAUUCACUCUAAUAUCACUUAUUCAUCUUGCACAAAUGUUAAACAUGAUUCAUUGUGAUCAAUUGGAAAGCUUUUACAUUACAUCAUAUUUUAAGAUGUUGUGAUUUUCAUUGUAUAUUGUACUGAUCUGCACUAAACUUUUUUUUAAGGUGUGCUUAAUAAAUAAACUUGGUUUCAUGUGACUGACA